AUGGACCAAGCAGGCAGGUCAAGCAAGUUUGACCAUUCAGAGUUUGGCUAUCCGCUCCGGCUGUUAGCAAACGGUUCAGACCUGAGCAGCGUUCAACAAGUGCUUGUCAUUAGCGAAAUGCCACAGUCCGACAUGAAGGAAAUGCUGACAGACGAUUUGGGCAUGGACAAAAUUUUGUCAGAUAUGUUCUACGACUGCUUCGGUGGCGACAUUUACACGACCAAGAAGGCGUCUGCUAUGCCCCCGUCUGGCUUCCUGUGCACAAGACCCAGAUUCCCGGGCACCCUUGGAGAACAUCGCCAGGCAAGGCUUCUCCGUGGUGAUGAAUGUGGAGGCCGACGAAGGUCAGGAAGAACGUGGGCGGCGUCAUUGGCCGCGACGCCAUCACCUUCGGAUUGCCCGACAAUUUCCACUGGCACGGACAUGGGCUGUCAUUCCAUCGUGUUACCAGAUGAAGCUACUUAUUGCCCGCAAGCUCCAGCAAAUUCCUUCGCCAACAUCAGGUUGAUCAAAACAUAUAUCAAGACUGGACAAAAGCCACAGGAUCCCACCUACUCCAGGCGAUUUUGCGCGGGAAGCCGAAGAGAAUCAUGUGCGACACAGAUGAGAUGGACAUUUGCACCCUACAAAAGGAUGGUGAGUGGAAGAAGGACGACCAAUUGA